AUGAGUAAUGGUUAUUCAAUGAAUCCAAUGCAGCAACAACAACAACAACAACAACAAUUAAUACUACAACAACAACAACAAUUGCAACAACAGCAACAACAACAGCAGUACUAUAUGAAUCAAUCAAGUUCAUUCUCACAGCAGACACAGCAGGUUUAUUAUAGUUCAGCUGCAGGCGCUGCUCCUGCUCCUCAACAACAAUAUGGGAACAAUGGUUUCAUUCAGCCUAUGAACCAAAUGAACCAGAUGAACCCACAACAGCAGCAGCCCCAGCUUCAGCAGUUCCCAUCGAUGCAGCAAAUGAACCAAAUGAACCAAAUGAACCCACAACAGCAGCAACAACAACGAAUGCAACAACAACAAAUACAACAAAACAAUAUGAUGAUGUCACCGAUGAACCAAGUCAAGCAGCAACAACUACCACAACAACAACAGAUGGGUAUGAUGCAACCGAUGCAACCAAUGCAACCUUUACAACCAAUGUCCGCCAUGCAACCUUUGGUCAACAGUGGUGGCAACAGCAACAACAACACUGGAAGCACAGGCAACUCAUCAUUGGUCAACAGUGGUGGCAAGAAUUCAUCCGGUGCACCGACCAACAAGGACAGGUGGUUCCCGACAAAGGAUAAUGACCCAUUCUUUACGAUCGAGCAGGAGGUCCGUCGUCCCCAAUACAAGGCUGCCAACUGGAACGAUGAGAACAAGUACAAGGAGAUCAUCAGCUCGUUGAACCUGCCGACUCCGCAACAACAGCAACAGAUGCAGUUGCAGCAGCAGAUGCAGCAGCAGCAAGCCAUGCAGGGUCAGAUGAUGCCCAUGCAGGGCAUGCCUCAGGGAGUGAACAGUGGUGGACAGCAGCAGAACAACAUGAUGAUGCCAAUGCAGGGCAUGACUGGCCCACAGGGAUUGCCUCAGGCCAUGGGUGGUCAAAACGCCAUGAUGCCAAUGCAGGGCAUGCCUCAGGGUAUGAUGCCCAAUCAAAUGAUGCCAAUGCAAGGCAUGACUGGUCCUCAGGGCAUGAUGAUCAACCCAAUGAUGCCAAUGCAAAACAUGGGUGCUACUGCAGGAAUGAUUCCAAACCAGAUGAUACCAAUGCAAGGAUUGCAUCCAAUGGGCAUCGCCCAGCCAUCGACCAGUGUGGACAUGAACCAGCUCAACUUGAUCAAUCAACAAAUCAACCAACAGCUCAAUCCAAUGGCCGCCCAACAGGCACAGCAACAACAGCAGCAGCAACAGAUGAAUAUGAUGCAGCAGCAACAGCCAAUGAUGAACAACAACAUCAUCAUGCCACCACCAGUGUCCAAUCAUGUGAUGAACCAACCAAGCUCAGUGUUCAAGGCAAGCGUGUCUCCAUCGUCUUCGCUCACUGGACAACAACAGAAGCAAUCGAUGCCGGCAUCGGCCUCUUCACUCAACGGCCAGAACAAUUCGCUCUCACCCACGUCGUCUGGUUCACACACAUCGCUCACAAACAGUCUGCCCUCGCCUCCAAAGGUUGUCAGCAACAAUGCGCCAAACACUGGCAGCAUUGGAUCAAAGUCUGACCUGGUCAUUCCUCCCAUCCCCCAGCAUCUCCAGGCCGGCAACUCCUUUGCCAACCCCAACAAGCAUGGCAACACAGCUGCCUUGGCCAGUAUCAUCCAGCCUAACCAGCAGAUGCAACAGCAGCAACCACAGCAGCAUCAAUCAUACUCAAUGAUGCAACAAAACACAUCGAUCACAUCGUCAUCGAGUGUUCAGGCAGCAUCACCAAAUAUGUUUGCGUUUGAGCAGAUGACCAUCGCGCCACUACCUCAGCAAAUGCCACAGUUACAACAGAUGCCAUCACUCUUUGGUGAUCAACAGCAGGCACAGCCACAGGCACAGCCCACUUCUGAUCCAUUCACCGAGGAGAUGUUGAGGAAGCAGAUGGAGGAGCGCAUAAGGAAGGAGGUGGAGGAGAAGCUUAGGAAGGAGUUUGAGGACAAGGCGGCCGCCGAGAGAAUGGCCGCAGCUGCCGCCUCUGCCGCCGCUUCCAAGAGCAAGCCCAGCAGCAGCAACAUCAACACCAAUCCAUUUAUACUGCCACCACCAUCACAUACAACUACAACAUCCAGUCACACAUCUUCGAGCAGCACGACGACCACGAGCAGCAUGGCACCGACCGCUGCCGCUUCCUCGGCCGCAUCCUUCCCACUCGACCUGUUUGAGGACAUCACCACAUCGACGUCCUCGUCUAGCAGCCACCUUACAACGACGACCACCACCAACAACAUCCCUACCUCUGCGUCGGCUAGACCAAUAUCCCCACCAUCAGUGUCGGGCAUCGAGAAGGACAAGCUGAAAAAGGAGUUGGAGAACCUGCACAACGCCUCAAAGAAGGCCGGUACCACGCCCACCUCCACCUCCAAUGCCAAGGCUCACUCAUCGAUCCAUUUGAGCGAGCCCAAGAAGGAGACGCCCAAGCCACGCUCCAAGACCGUCUCGUUCUCGCCAAACAUCGUCACCACUGAGAAGAAGACCACAUCAUUUGAGUCGGAGGAGACGACCAAGAAGUCAAACCUCAAGACAUCGACAAUCACCACCACCACUGCCGCUGCCCUGGCGCCACACGCACCUAACCCACCAUCGCGUCCCGCCAAGGUCGACACCAGCCCCGACCUGUCAACCUCGUUUGAGUCGGUGUUCAUCCCGCCCAAGCCAGUGCGCAUUAUAUCCCGCGACGAAGCUGCCACCAUUAUACAGUCGCACGUACGUCGUUGGAAGUGCCGCAGAGAGUACAAGCGCGAGCUGCUCAGGACCAAGGCGAUCAAGGAGCUCAUCAACACUGAGCACACAUACGUCGACGGCCUGGAAAAGAUGAUCGACCACUUUGCCUACCCGCUGCGCGGCAUGUGCCACGCCGACGUGCCCAUCAUCUCCAAGGAGGAGGUCGACCUCAUCUUUGGCAAGCACGAGGCCAUCCUACGAAUCAACAGCGAGCUGUACAGACGACUGGUCGAGAGGAUCUGCAAGUGGAACAUGACACAGCGCAUCGGUGACAUUCUCGUGGACAUUGUCACACGCGAUGAGUUCAAGUUGAUAUACAACAGCUUCACACUCUCCUACCAGACUGUCCUCACAGCCAUCGACAAGUUGUCCAACUCCAAGAGUCAGUUCAAAGCUUUCCUAAAGAACUCUGAGAAACUACUUUGGAACAAUGGAAGCUUGACAGGUACCAACCUUCAGGCAUUGCUCAUCACUCCAUUGCAGCGCAUCACUAGAUAUCACAUGAUGUUGAAGGAGAUCAUUAAGAACACUAAGCCAUCACAUCCAGACUAUGAUAACCUGUGCAUCGCAUUGUUUGAGGUGCAGGACAUCUGUGCAGACGUCAAUGAGAACCAGCGCAAGGAGGAGAACGAAAAGAUCCGCAUCCAGACACUGACCAGCAUUUCCAACAGGAUCGAGUCCAAGCCAAAGGACCUCCAGCUCGUCUCUGACAGUCGCUUCCUGAUCCGCGAGGGUCAUCUCACUCAAUAUGGCACUGAUCAGGAGAAGGGCAAGGAGCGCACCUACCUGCUCUUCAACGACCUCUUGCUGAUAGCCAAGGAGAGCAAGAAGAAGCUUCAACUCAAGAACACCGUCCCCUUGCAGAACCUUCGCUUCAAGAAUCUCCCUGAUGGUCAGAAGCUUCAUGGCAUUGUAACAAAGAACGCUUUGGAGCUACAGUUCAGUGGACAGGCGAUGAUGUUUUACACAGAGACGGCUGAGGAGAAGGACUCUCUACUCAAAGAGAUGGAGAUCGUCGUGUCUUCAUUCAGCGUCAUACUGAAGUAA